UCACUGACAACCGGCUUGAGGCCUACUACAGCUUCUACUGCUGUUGAUCUUUUAGCCAGUCACCGAGAAGAGCGGAGUUAAAUCGAAACUGAAAUCGAGUGUUAAAAACUGUGAAAAGUGUCCAGUAGCGCCAUUAUCUGUGAUUUUCGUGCUGUUUUUGAUAAACUUUAAUGUAAACACGGAAGAAAAACUAACCGGAUACCUAAGCGGUACUCUUAUUUUGAAACAGGAAACAAGGGAAAACGUCGCCAUGGUUACGGGUAGCAUUUGUCUAGCUUCUUAAAGACUCUCUUCACUUUUAUUUGCUCUAUACUGUAGCUUGAGUACUCAUAUAUCAUGGGGGAGUCCGAUACAUACCACAUACGGCCCAAUCAUCAGCAGAAGUUCAGGCCAGCUGUUGUGAAGGAGUGUAUUCGUGAAAUUGUGAGGGAGCAACUGUCUGGGGUGCAGUACAAUCCAGAGGAAGUCCUAGAGCUGACCCGUUCACUGGCAGACUCUGUUAAGGACAAAGUAAAGAAUUCAGGAUUCGACAAAUAUAAGCUUGUUGUGCAGGUGGUCAUUGGAGAACAGCGAGGGCAGGGAGUCAAGAUGUCUUCCAGGUGUUUUUGGGAUGCUGACACAGACAGCUAUGCAGAGGAUGUUUUCAUGAAUGACAGCUUGUUCUGUGUGGUUGCAGUUUUUGGAAGCUAUUACUACUAAGAAAGAGAGAAGGGACCACAGGAAAAAAAGACUUUUACAUGAAAAUGAGCUGGCCUCAACUAAAGAAGCGACGCACAUCUGGUCUUUAAAAUGAAAAACCUCAGUGGGAUUUCGUGACUUAUUUAAGACGAAGGCUUGUUAUGGCUUUUAUUUCUUACCUCAAAACAUUGCCAUUGUAUAAAAAUGAUAAAUAUGCUGUUACUGUUACUGUAAGGUUACUGUUUAUAAGGAGUAACAUCUGAGCUCUGUGAGUUCUCUGAAAGCUGAAGCAUCAAACUGCUUUUAAUGUGCAGUUUCCAGCAUGUAAUAAUAAGAUCAUCUUCUCGAUGCACAGAGAAAGGCCAAGCAGGUUUAUUCCAAGCCAAAAGCCUUUAAAAUGGCAUUGUCUUCAUACAGUCUCACAAAAGUCUUUAGUUUGUUUUAUGUACUACAGCAAACAAAUGAAUAAAGGUCAGAUUUAAUAUA